AGUAUUUUGAGGGAAAUUACUGGUGACAUGUUUUUUACUGUAAUAUAUUUAAAAAAUUUUAAUAUCAUUUUUAUCAUACCUCAUAUUUUAACUAUUAAGCAUUCAUUGGAUGCUCUAAGGAUUUUUAUUUUUGUGUAUAGAAGUAGUAGGUCUUACAACAUUGACUGUAUGGAAGAUAAAUUUUGAGAGUCCACAUGUAUUUUGCACUCUGUAUUUUAUUGCGCUGCUCCUCAGAUUAUAAAGCAGUCACGUCCUAGCAUAUUUGUUGGCAGCAAAUGUGCCGCCUCAUUCUUUACACUUGGUAUUUGGGGUGACCAUGCAUGCAUUGUCUUACAUGGAUCAAAAAUCUCAUUUACAAGUUUGGAAUCAAACUUUGUUAGGAUUGCAAGCAAUUUACUCUCCUGCUAUGACCUCAAGUGCAAUAUAUUUAAAAAUAAGUUCAUCUUCACAAAAUUAUCUAAUUGUUUCUCACUGUUAGUAUUUCUUUUGUCCUGGUCAUUUCAGCCAAAAAUCUGAAUCUUUGAUGCCUUCAUCCAUUAGUCCCAUAUAUCCAGUUAUCUAUUACAUUUUGCGAGGUUCUCUGUCUCUUUCUGUCCAUUCCCAUAAAUCACCCACUUUAAGAUACAAUCAUUUCACACAAAUGCUUUUGCUGUAAUCUCUCAAAAUCUCUCAUCUACAAGGAGAUUAAUUUUUCUAAAGUAUAAUUUUAUCCUGUCUUUCCCUUGUUCGGGACUUGAUUUAAUUCAUCAGCAAACAAAUCUGUGGGGAUUUUGUGCACAGGUUUGGAAAGGUAGAAACAUUAUCCCCUUAAUCAUUUUAUAUUGAGUUCUUACAGUAUGCUACAUUAUAACGCACAAUUUGAAGAAGCUGAAUAUUUCCAGCCCUAUAAUGAUUAAUUUGGAAUCAUGCCUUUAGUUACAAUAUUGUCAUUUUUGUUUCUUUGUCUUUACAAUCUUCAGUGUAUAAAAAGCUACCUUUUUGUUUCUUGCAGGACAGGUGGGAUUAUUCCUCCAGUAGCUCAGCAGCUUCACAGAGAAAAUAUUCAACGAAUAGUACAGGAAGCUCUUUCUGCGAGUAGAAUCUCUCCAAGUGAACUCUCAGCGAUUGCAACUACCAUAAAACCAGGGCUUGCUUUAAGCUUGGGGGUAGGCUUAUCAUUUAGCAUGCAGCUGGUGAACCAGUUAAAGAAGCCAUUCAUCCCCAUUCAUCAUAUGGAGGCUCAUGCACUGACUAUUAGGCUGACCAAUCAAGUAGAAUUUCCUUUUUUAGUUCUUUUGAUUUCUGGAGGUCAUUGUCUGUUGGCAUUAGUCCGAGGAGUUUCAGAUUUUCUGCUUCUUGGAAAGUCUUUGGACAUAGCACCUGGUGACAUGCUUGACAAGGUGGCAAGAAGACUUUCUUUAAUCAAACAUCCAGAAUGCUCCAGCGUGAGUGGUGGGAAAGCUAUAGAACAUUUGGCCAAACAAGGAGAUAGAUUUCAUCUUGAUAUCAAUCCACCCAUGCAUCUUGUUAAAAAUUGUGAUUUUUCUUUUAUCGGACUUCAACAUAUUAUUGAUAAAAUAAUAAUGCAAAAGGAAAAAGAGGAAGGUGUUGAAAAGGGGCGAGUCCUGUCUUCAGCUGCAGACAUCGCUGCUGCGGUACAGCACACAUCAGGCAGAAGACGGCAUACGAGAUCCUGGCCUUGA